AUGGAUCUCUUCAAGGUGUCAGACUUCUACCUCAAUCGAAUUGCUAGCUCUCGAACAAAAAUCUCUCGAGAUGCUGAACCUAAAACUAAAAUAAAGGCACUCCUUUUGGACAAACAUACCACGGGCACUAUUUCAAUGUGCACAACCCAAACAGAAUUGCUGGAGCAGGAGCUAUACCUGAUAGAUACUCUUGAAAAUCAGAAUAGAGAUGUGAUGCGUCAUAUGAGAUGCCUUGUUUACGCCAAACCGACCGAUGAAACAAUCGAACUGCUGGCCACAGAACUUCAGAACCCUAAAUACAGCGAAUACCAAAUCUUUUUCAAUAAUAUGGUGACUAAGACACAGUUGGAACGCUUAGCUGAGUGUGACGAUUUGGAACUUGUCCAUAAAGUUGAGGAAAUUUUCCAGGACUACCAAAUUCUAAACGAGAACUUAUUUUCCCUUGAUUUACCGCCGUCUAAGCUCUUCACCAACCAUCUGAUUUGGGAGCCGGUGGGCCUCCAAGAGACAGCGCGGGGGUUGACUUCUCUUUUGCUGUCACUGAAGUUGAAGCCUCUAAUACGCUACGAGGCAGGCAGUCGGCUGGCAUCGAAGCUUGCACAUGAAGUGCUCCAAACGAUACACCAAAACGAAAGAACUUUAUUCGACUUCCCACCACUAGAUUCGCCCCCUUUACUUUUUAUUAUUGAUCGCCACCAUGAUGCUCUGACCCCGCUGCUUCAGCCGUGGACCUAUCAAUCAAUGACCAAUGAAUACUUGGGGAUCAAAAGGAAUAUAGUGGAUCUUUCCAAAGUGCCUGAGAUUGAUCCCUCUAUGAAGCAAGUUGUUCUCUCCGCAAAGCAAGAUAACUUCUUCCACGAAACAAUGUUCUUGAACUUUGGGGAACUGGGUGACAAAGUAAAACAAUAUGUUUCGAGCUACAAAGACAAGACCAAGUCCAACAGCCAGAUAAAUACGAUUGAAGACAUAAAGCAGUUUAUCGGGAAGUAUCCGGAGUUUAGAAGACUUUCUGGUGACGUUUCUAAGCACAUGGCGAUAGUUGGCGAACUUGAUCGUCAAUUACAAGACAAGCAUAUUUGGGAAAUAAGUGAAUUAGAGCAAAAUAUAUCGGCCCACGCUACCGAUUAUCAAAACUACAAAGAUUUGCUGAACCUUAUAUUAGACCCGAAGAUUGACAGUUAUUACAAAUUAAAGCUUGCCUGUGUAUUCUCACUGAAAAACUCUGGCUCUGCCCAGUUUGCUGAAAUAUCAAGAGCUCUAUCCCUUCAAGUGAGUCCAGAAGAGGUCAAUUUUUUUCACCACUUCAACAGUAUAUUCCAAACACGAACUCAACAGUCAGCUACAGGCCGGGAUAGGGAUGACCUGAUCAGCGAGCUCGCCAAAAAAUUCAACCAAAAGGGACAACAUAAGGCCGAUAAUGUGUUUAUGCAACACGUACCUGAACUUUUUGCUCUUCUCAACGACCUAUCCAAAAAUAAAGUCUCCGAAGACAAGUAUCCAUUCUUAGAAAAUUCGCCCAGAAAGUUUCCUCCUCAGGAUGUCAUAAUAUUUUUUGCUGGUGGAGUCACCUUCGAAGAAGCACGAGUAUUACACCAAUUUAACAAAACGAUGUCCGAGGAAAAUGACGGAAAGAUUAGAGCAGUCUUAGGUGGAACUAGUAUCCUCGGUACUCGUGAUUUCAUGGAUUACUGCAAGACGUCAGGUAAGAAAGAGACCGAAUUAUCUGAUCUUCUGUAA